AUGUUUUGGAAUAAUUGUCUGCUCGUUGCGCUCGUCGCAAUAGCUGGCGUGACGGCGGAGAAGAACCAGACUCUCUACAAGCCAUUGUACGAGAAAUACUCAAAGUCCACGCCCAAGUUUCAAAACGUCUCUCAAUCCAAUGUCAACCCCCUCUUCCUCGCCCGCAAAGGCUAUCCAGCUGGCCAUAACAGCCAAAGCGACAAUGCUCACCACCCUCAUGCCCUCAUCAAACGCCAAUCGGGUGGAAAUGGCCUUCCAACUGGUCUCUGCGCACCAGGGACGCCUUGCGUGAAUGGUGCAUGCUGUGGAAAGACGGGACAAUGCGGUUACAGUCCCAACGAAUGCGGUGCUGGAAACUGUCUCUCAAACUGUGAUGCCAAAGCUGAGUGUGGCCAGUACGCUCCUUCAAGCAGCGCAACUUGUCCAAUAAACGUUUGCUGUUCUAAAUAUGGCUUCUGCGGAACUAUUGAUGAAUUCUGUGGCGAUGGCUGUCAGGACGGGUUUGGAGGCUGUGGCUCUGUACAAGAGCCCUCGUGUGGAGGUAACUCUAUCCAACGGAAAAUUGGUUACUAUGAGAGCUGGUCUGCUACUCUUAAAUGCAACAGCCGUCUACCAGGAGACUUGGAUCUCACUGGAUUCACGCAUAUGAAUUUUGCAUUUGCAUAUUUCCACCCAACUACCUUUGAGAUGAUGGCCAUGAACGCCGGAGAUCCUGCUCUAUACAGCAAGUUUACAGAUCUCAAAACAACCUACCCGGGCAUCAAGACGUGGAUUUCCGUCGGUGGAUGGUCGUUUAACGACGCAACCAACAGCCCAAACACCCAGACUGCGUUUAGCGACAUGGCCAGCACUGCUGGAAAUAGGGCAAAAUGGAUCAAGUCUCUUACCAACUUUAUGCAGACAUACGGAUUUGAUGGCGUGGAUAUUGACUGGGAGUAUCCCGGCGCUCCAGAUCGAGGAGGCGUCCCCGCCGACACCCAAAACUUUGUAGCUCUGCUCAAAGACAUGCGAGCUUCUUGGGGCAGCAAAUACGGUAUCAGCGCGACUAUACCCAGCAGCUACUGGUACAUGCGCUGGUUCGAUCUCAAGGGAAUGGAAGACUAUCUUGACUGGUUCAACUUCAUGAGCUACGACAUCCACGGCGUAUGGGACUCAACCAGCAAGUUCUCCGGCCCUCAUAUCCUACCUCACACAAACCUCACCGAGAUCAAGCUCGGCCUCGACCUGCUGUGGCGCAACGGAAUCGAUCCAGCCUACGUCACGCUGGGACUCGGCUGGUAUGGCCGCAGCUUCACUCUAUCCGAUCCCUCAUGCAGUACGCCCAAUGGAGUCUGCCAGUUCAGCUCCGGCGGCAACCCCGGGCCCUGCUCAAACUCGGCCGGCACGCUUUCCAACGCGGAGAUCUUCCAGGUCCUCGCGCAGUCCGGGGCAAAGUCCUCAUUUGAUGCGACGGCCGCAGUCAAAUGGAUCACCUGGGACACCAACCAGUGGAUCAGCUACGACGACGGGCAGACCAUGAAGCUGAAAAUUGACGCUGCAAACAAGCUCUGCCUCGGUGGCAUCAUGAUCUGGUCGGUUGAUCAAGACGACACCAAGGGAACCAGCACUUCGGACCUGCUCGGCCUGGGCACCGCCAACGGCGUAACCUCCGAAAAGGCCCUUGAGCUCAAGAAGAACCAGAGAGACGCCAUCAGCCAGGCCACCAACAUGAACUCGUGCUAUUGGACCUUCUGCGGCGACUCCUGCGCCUCGGGCUACUUUGCAGAGACUUCGGCCAACGGACAGGUCAACGGCGUCAGCUCCAACACGGUCUGCAAAAACGGCCAGGUCGAGACGCUGUGCUGUGCUUCCGGCACCAACAUGGGCACCUGCGAGUGGGAAGGCUGGAAUGGCGUCGGCCUGGCCUGCAGUGGCGGAGGCUGCCUGGGCUCUGGCUCGACGGCUAUUGCCUUCAACACCAACAACUACGCCAAACAGGCUGCCGUUGCGUUGCUGUUUGAUCAGACUUGCCACGGAGGCUUCCAGUCGUACUGCUGCUCGGGCUUCAAGGCGUCUCCCAAAGGAAGUGUCUCCAGUCUUGAUCUCAUCGGCCUCAACGGAAAAGAAACACAUCCAGGCCUCAACGUGGGAAAACUUACAGGCCUGACGGUGGCGUGUACAGCAGCAGCUACGGCUGCAGGAACAGCAGCAGGUGCUGCCGCGGCCAUCUUCACGUUUGGCAUCGCCUUCGAGCCCGUCUUCGCAGCCACCUUUGCCGCCGUCUUCGCGGCCUGCGAAAUAAAGGCAAAGCAGGCUUCUGUACUACAAGCAGUUGGAGUUGUGGCGGGUCAGCGCACGGGAGGCCGUGGGCAGACGAAUCCUAAGCCACGUCCACCACCCAACCUGCCGAAUAUCCCGCCAAAGAUCCCACCAAAGAUCCCCGGAGUAUUCGGUCAGUGGACCAAGACGUCUUACGACCCGAAGAAGACCAAUGACUGCCAGGUGACUUACACUUGCAAAUAUGGCCGAGGCUUUGAUGAGAUCUGUGAUAACCAGUCCUGGGGUAUUGACAAGGCCAACGGCGGUCGAACUAUAUAUCAUUACGACGCACGCGGUGCUGAUAGCGAGUAUGCCAAAAACCAAUGGGCUUCGACAUAUCGCAAAUCAUGGUACCGAACCAUGGCCCAAGCCGGAAACCCUGCACGGUGCCAAGUUGACGAGUUUCCCAUGGGCAGUCUUUGGGAAGGCAGAGCUCCCUUUGGCAACCAAGUCUGCCGUCUGGUCAACGGAGUGGCAAACCGCAAUCAGGGCACCGAUUUCCAGCAGUGGCUCUCUGCAAUCUGGAAACCCUGCUCAUCGUUGCGCUCGUCUUACGGAAAGCCGGAUCCUCCUAUUACCUGGGAGUUUAGCCAUACUCCUGGAGACCCUCGACUCGUCGCCAACAGCGUGUUCCCGCACUUUAUCCAAAAAUACGGCUUUGACUCUCAGACUGUUAAUUCCCUAUGCUGGGCAACAUACCAGUACCCAGAUCUCAAUGGCCAGCAGCGCAUCAGGACGGCUUCAGACCAGGGAUUCCGCGUAUUGCCAAAUGACCCCCUGUAUCGCUCCUACGGAUGGGCAAGUCAGCAAUACUCUACGAAUCCAAAUAACGCGCAAACCCUUCCAGUGGAUAUAGCGAGCGCUCAGUGGCAGAAACGCACCAACGCCAGGGCAGCGCUUGAGAACCUGAUUCCAGUCCAGUUUGCGGACUCGGAAGAGAUUCCCUACGCUAUUCCUUGUGGCGAGUGCAGCCUCAUCAUUGACCAUGAAAACGAGAUUGUUUAUGAUCAGAGGCCGCCGGCGGAUGUUCCCCUCACACAAGUGGCCGGUGAGACUCCCACGCCAACAGCUGGUUACAACAAGCCGGAGACUGGAAACACGGUCGACAAGGGCCCAGCUGAGACGGGUUCGGCUUCUCAGCCAAACUUUUGA